UGUUGGUUUAGGUUACGACAAUAUUUUUCAGAUUUUUUUUUACUUGAAGAGACUUUUCAUCCCCAUCUCUUGGCCUCAGUGGUAGGAAACCAGUGGAAGCCAUGGCCUCCUACGACAGGGAGACCGAGAUAAAGGCCUUCGACGACACCAAAGCCGGCGUUAAAGGCCUGGUGGACGCCGGCGUUACUCAAAUCCCUCCCUUCUUCCGCCUGCCGCCGGGCGCUUUAAAAAGCCCCGAGCCGACCUCCACCGCAAGGGCUGAGAUUCCGGUCAUCGAUCUCGGAAUAAUCAACGGAGACCCGGAGGAGCGGGAGAACGUGGUGGAGCUCGUGAGAGGGGCGGCGGAGAGGUUUGGUUUCUUCCAGGUGCUGAAUCAUGGGAUUCCUCAGUCUGUGCUGGACGAGAUGCUGGAAGGCGUCAGGAGGUUUAACGAGCAGGAAUUGGAGGUGAAGAAGCGAUAUUACACGCGAGAUAGUAGCAAAAUUGUGCGAUUCAACUCCAAUUUUGAUCUGUACCAAUCGCCGAUGGCGAAUUGGAGGGAUUCCCUUGCCUGCACAUUGGCACCGGAGCCAGCCGCUAAGCCGGAGGAGCUGCCCGAAGUUUGCAGAGAUAUAAUUAUGGAAUACACGAGCCACAUUCAAAGGUUAGGGCAUCUUCUAUUUGAGUUAUUAUCAGAGGGACUUGGCUUAGACACACAAUAUUUGAAUGAUUUGGAAUGUGGCAAAGGAUUGUCUCUUUUGAGCCACUAUUAUCCACCAUGUCCUCAGCCAGAGCUGACUCUUGGGACAAGCAAACAUACAGAUCCAGAUUUUCUUACUGUUCUUCUUCAGGAUAAUAUUGGUGGCUUACAAGUUCUUCAUGAAGAUCAGUGGUUUGAUGUACCUCCAAUUCCUGGAGCUCUUGUCAUUAAUAUUGGUGAUCUUCUACAGCUGAUCACUAAUGAUAAAUUUAAGAGCGUUGAGCAUAGAGUACUUGCGAGCAAGAUUGGCCCAAGAGUUUCUGUUGCGUGUUUCUUCUCCACACACGUCUAUCCAUCAGAAAGACAAUACGGCCCAAUAAAGAAGUUAUUAUCAGAGAAAAAUCCUCCUAAAUACAAAGGUGUUACUGUAAGGGAGUAUCUAAAUGUUUGUUACUCAAAAGGACUUGAUGGUAAAUCUGUAUUAGACAAAUUUAGGUUAUGAUUAAUUCUUUGAUAUGUGAUUUAUAUGUGUCCUCGUGAGGAGACUUUAUUAAUGUUAUGGGAUCAUUAAUAUAUGAAUUGUUU